AUGUCACUUAAAGAUUUCAAGAUUAUGUCAAAAUUAGGUUUACAUAUCUAAUAUAUCUAUAAUAGGUGAGGGAGCAUAUUCAACAGUAUAUAAAGUAAAGAGAAUUGAAGACAAUGUAGAAUAUGCUUUGAAAAAGGUGAACCUUACAAAUUUGAGUGAUAAGGAGAAAUAAAAUGCUUUAAAUGAAGUUAGAAUAUUGGCAUCUAUUAAAAACCCAUUUAUUAUUAGCUAUAAAGAAGCCUUCAUUGAUGUUAAUAGCAAUUCAUUAUGGUAAUAAUAUUUGAUAAUAAUAUAACAGUAUUGUUAUGGAACUUGCAGAUAAUGGAGACUUGUUCUAAUAAAUAUAGAAAUGUAUAAAAACAAAUACUUUUAUGGCUGAAAAUGACAUUAUGAAAAUUACAUUUCAAAUUGCUAGUGGUUUAAAAGCAUUGCAUGAUUUAAAAAUAUUCCAUAGAGACUUAAAAAGUGCAAAUGUUUUUUUGUAAUCAAAUGGUGAUGUAAAACUCGGAGAUAUGAAUGUUUCAAAAGUUGCAAAAAAAGGAUUGCUUUAUACAUAAACAGGAACACCUUAUUAUGCAAGUCCUGAAGUAUGGAAGGAUCAACCUUAUGAUUAAAAAUCUGAUAUCUGGUCGUUGGGAUGUGUAACUUAUGAAAUGGCUGCUCUCAAGCCUCCAUUUAGAGCAGAAGAUAUGGAAGGACUCUAUAAGAAAGUUAUUAAAGGUAAUUUUAAGUUUAAUAUAUCAUAUAGGUCUAUAUCCAAGACUUCCAUCUUAAUAUUCAUAAGAUUUAUAAAAUGUUAUAAGGAUGAUGCUUUAAGUCCAAACUAAUUUAAGACCAACAUCUUAUGCUUUAACAGAACUUCCUUAUUUUAAUAGAUUUAAAACUUAAGCAAUUGAAGAUCAAAGCAAAUUACUAAAUACUAUUAUAUUCCCAAAAAAUUAAAUUUCAAUAGGAAAUAUGUUACCCAAAGCCAAUUAUAGUAAUUAGAAAUAUAAAACUGAGACUCAUUAAAAUAGUGACACUCAAGAAACUAUAAAUAGACAUAGAUAAGCAACUCUAGGAGCUGGUUCAUAAUAAUCUUCUCCUAAUCCUACUAGAAUUUCAUAAUAUUUGGCAGAAUAGGAAAUGCUUUUAAGUAUUUAUAUAUUAAUUAAAGAAUAAUAGUAUUCAAUAAAUUAUUCUGCAAAACAUAAAAAGGCACAUAAUUAUUCUGAUAGGAAUGUGAUAGCUAAGAUUCUACUUGAAUAUUAGAAGGAAGUGCCUAUUUAUCAAUAAUUAAAAUAACGUUAUAGAAGACUAUCUCAAGAGGAAAAUCCUUAUUUGUAAUAGAGAAGGAUCAGUUAAUUACCUAUAUUAUUAGAACAUUCUCCAAAUUAGAAACGAAAUAAUCGUAAUUAGAGUUUGCCAGCUUAAAAUUUACCUAUAAUCUGA